AUCUGCACACAACAUAAUAUUAUACUAUUAUAUUAUACCCCCAAACCAUUCAAAAUUAUACUUCAGUAUAAUACAAUUUUAUUAUGUUAGCAACUUGAGGGGCCUGCUACAUUUCUUUUAGUUAUUUGUUAAUGUUAAUGUUAACGCGUGAUGUGUCCAGAUAGACGGGUCUUUUCAGUACAGCUCUCAAACGCAAACAGAACAGUCAUGAUCUGUUUAGAAGGCAUGUUGUUUGAUUGCUUUCUCUAGGAUUGAUCUGCUCAUAUGAGUAGUCUAUGUUUAAUAAUAUUAUUACUGCACUGCCUAUAUUUUGAUAAAUUAGACAUUUCCUCAUUUCCUGAUCGUUGACUUCUGACUCAACAUUUAAAAGUGAAAGUAAAAACAGAAGUGAAAGUAGUUGAUGAAUUUCCGUAUGCGGCAUGAGCUUCUGAAUGCGGAACAUCUAUAUUUGAGGCCAUUUAUAGCUAGAGGACAUUAUUGCUUAAAUUUUGCAUAUUUGAAAAUUCACCAAAUUAACUCUUUUUAAUGUCAGUUCUGCUGAUGAUCACUGAUGCAUCUGUUCUUCACUAGAUCUACUAGUUCAUCUGAGGGAUUUGACUGAAUCAAGAUGCUGCUGAUCUUUGUAGCUCUUCUCAUUUUAGCUGCUCUUGGACAGGAUCACAGAGCGGCUGCUGCUCCUGCUGUUGCAAAGCAGAUGUUUACAUUGGAUUUCUCAAAUAAUUCUGUUGAUGACCAGUACAUUGGCUGUAGAAAGGACAUGAUGAAUCUGGUAGAGAAAGAAUAUCUGAUGAAGGAAAUCAAUAACUCACCUGAAUUUAACGAGGCUUGGCAAAAAGGUGUGAAGAAUGCCACAAAACCAGAGAACAACCUGAAAGAGAAUCAUUCAAUUGCCAUGUAUGUGUAUACUCUCCAUGUUCCUAAACUAUAUAGUGUCUUAAAUUUUGCUGUUCAUGAUGGCAUGCAAAACUACACAAAUAAGACAUUUGAAUGGUAUUCACUGCACUUUUUGUUAACAGAAGCGAUACAGAUUCUCAAGGAAACACAAAAAACAUGCUAUAAUGUUACAUAUCGUGGUACAAAUUUUACAUUUGGUAAAAAUGUUUUGAACACAGAGAUUCGUUUUGGCACAUUUGCAUCUUCCACUCUUAAUCGUACAAUAGCAAAUGAUUUUGGAAGCGCAUCUUGUUUUGAAAUCAGAACUUGUGAAGGUGCUAAUCUGACAAAAUAUUCAAGGUUUCCUCACCAGAAAGAGGUGCUGAUUCCUCCUUAUGAGACGUUUAAUGUCACUGCUGUCAAGACGAGAGGAGUUCAGCCGGAUCUCUGGUGUGACACUGUGUUUGUGUUGAACAGCACUGGAAAAAGAAGUCACAUGAACUGUGCAUUGUUCGGCAGUGAAAACCAUGUUGCUGACUCUAAUGUUUUAUUAAUUUUAACAUUAUUCAAUGUUUACCUGCUAACCAGUUAAAUUGUAGAUGCUGCGAUCGAUUUCACUUUGUUUUUAUUAAACUUUGAAUGGCUUCUUAUGCUUAUGAAUCAGAGAUUUUGUGGGAAGUUUAUAAUGAUUGGCAUUUCUUUUUCUUAAUGCACUUGGAGUUCAAAGUAUUCUUCUUUUAUCACAUUCAUUUUACGCGUCUGCAUGGGCACGGAAAGAUGUCUUGGUUUGGGGGUGCUGGGUGUUUUUGGUGUUUUUUUUUUAUUAAUUUUUUUCUAGUCAAUACAUUUUUUUUUUCUGACGAGUCUAUAAAACAUGUCAAAACUCCACAAAGCACAGCAAGCGUAAUGGUGCAAACACUCAAUUAAACAGCAAUACUGCUUGCAAUCAUAAUGCAAUGGACCGGUCAAUGGGACAUAAAUGAAGCCUUUUAAAUAAAAACAUUAUUGAGCAGUUUGCUCUGUUCUUUCUACACACACUGCAAAGGUCAAAAUAUGACGUCAAACUCUGUGCAUAUGUUUAAAAAAUGUUAUUCACCAUAUAAAUAACACUUAUUUUAAUAUCCCACUUAAGGUGUUUAUUACAAAUAAAUGACUAAAUGCUUAAAAUUAAUACAUGCAAAUGGACAAAAAUGUGCAAUGCAUUUACAAUCCUGUGAAAGCAACUGCAGCACCCUUACUUUUCAUGUCCCUGCAUGUCUGGUACAAAUAUAAGGUCUUGUUUCAUGAACAUAAUGCAUAUUUUUUGUGAGACAUUAAAACAUGUUCCAUAGGUGCACAACCUGUGAGAAGCAUGUUGUAAAAUAAACUUCCAUUCUCUACAUAACCAAUAUUUAAUAACAGCUAGAAAUGAAAAUGUGCUACUGUAUUACACACAGGGGCGUAGUUUGCGGGGGGGAUGGGGGGGAGGUAACCCCCCAAUAUUCAAAUCCAUCAGUUACAACAACCCCACUAUUUCAACAUGAAAAUCACAGUAGAUCUAUACUAAAAUAUGUAUAAUUCAUUUAUUUUGUAACAAUAAUUUUGUUUCUAAUCGAAUAUGAGUUUGUCAUAAUAAAUUAGUCAAAAAAGUACCCCCCUUACAUUGAACCGAUUGGUAACGCCCAACCAAUGCGCGUCGCAUUUUCACCAAAACAACGACGCGAGUGCUCUGUUUGAAUGGAGAGCACGGUUAGCACCAAAAAAUGAAGAGAACCGUUGCCCAGCCGACUUUAUUAAACUUCUGUUCAAAGAGGGACGUUAAAAAGAACAAAGCAUGUACUGAGAAGGAGGUAUGAAAACACUGUAAUAGCUAAGUACACUCCACAUAUAUUUUAGCUAUCUAAUCCAUUGCAAUUUAGCCAUAACUAUCAGUGUAACUGUAACCAGUUACCAAAACAGCCGUCUGUUUUGUUACUUCAUUUUUCAAUAGUGUCUUAUCAAUGACAAAAGUAUUCACAUCGGUGUUUGUUUUCUUCCUUAAUUAAUCUGACUUUUGAACGAAUUGGCUUGAAUGAACGAUUUAAGUAGCUCACUCAUUAAAACGUCGAAUCGCUGCCACCUACUGGCGGUUUCAAUAUUUAACCAUUUCUUUCUUUUUAGAAUCACUCCGUUAUGUUAGAAUUUGAUGAAUGGUUAUAGAUAAAUUCCACAAAGUUAUGAUAGAUAGAUAGAUAGAUAGAUAGAUAGAUAGAUAGAUAGAUAGAUAGAUAGAUAGAUAGAUAGAUAGAUAGAUAGAUAGAUAGAUAGAUAAAGAAGAAAUAAAUUAUCCAAUAACGCUACACAUAAAACAGAUUUUUUUUUUUUUUUUAUUAAAAAAAAAUAAUAACAGGCAGCAUACCAACGCUCAACCCCCCAAUGUUGAAACCAAAUCUACGCCCUUGAUUACACACCAAGUAUACUCUGCAUAUUUUUGGAUAUUUUGAAAAAAAAAUUAUAUAGAGCCCUUAUGUUUCAUUGCUCCUUUGUCUGUGUAAUCCACUGUUUGAUGAUUUUCUGUUUAUGUUUAAGUUCAUGUUCCAAGUCAAGUCAAGCCAAGUCAUGCUCUGUUAAGUUCAUGUUUAUUUUGUACAUUUGGAAUAAAACUGCACAUGGGUUGCCAUCUUGUG